AUGGGUCCUCUUCCUGGUGAGACGGCCAUUUCGGCCAAGCGUGCCGAGCUCGCUGGCAAAGGUGGAAUCUGGGGAUUGCUCAGUAAUAAGAAAACUUCUUUGAUCGGAUUGUUCGCGUCAUUGGGUGGUCUUGUGUAUGGAUACAAUCAGGGAAUGUUCGCGCAGGUCUUGACCAUGAAGUCCUUCCAGGAUGCCACGAACGGAUAUGCCGCCACAACAAGUAUCCAGCAGGGUAUGUUGACGUCGAUUCUCGAGCUCGGUGCUUGGGUGGGAACACUCAUCAAUGGAUACCUGGCCGAUAAACUCGGUCGCCGUCUGACCGUGCUGGUUGCCGUGGUUGUUUUCUGUGUUGGUGUCAUUGUGCAGGCGUGUACACAGAACAAGGAUUACGUCUUCGGUGGUAGAUUCGUCACUGGUCUAGGUGUUGGUAGUUUGAGUAUGGUGGUGCCACUAUACAAUGCUGAGCUGGCACCUCCUGAGAUCCGUGGAUCCCUCGUCGCUGUGCAGCAACUGGCCAUUACCUUUGGUAUCAUGGUGUCCUUCUGGAUCGGAUACGGAACAAACUACAUCGGAGGAACAGGCGCAGGUCAAUCAGACGCAGCCUGGCUGGUCCCUAUCUGUAUCCAGAUUUUGCCUGCUCUCGUCCUGGCGGCCGGAAUGAUGCUUUUCAUGCCUCAGUCCCCGCGUCACCUCAUGAAUACCGGUCGCGAGGAAGAGUGCCUGCAGACUCUAGCCCGCCUGCGUGGGACCACUACCGACGAUCUUCUUGUGCGGAUUGAGCACCUGGAAAUCAAAAGCUUGUACCUGUUUGAGAGGGAAACUGCGGCAGAGAAGUACCCGCACUUGCAGGAUGGAUCUUUCUCCAGCAACUUCAAGAUUGGUCUCAAUGAUUAUCUGUCCCUCAUUACAAACAAGUCUCUGUUCAAGCGGACAUCUGUUGCUUGCAUGAUCAUGGUGUUCCAGCAGUGGAACGGUAUUAACGCUAUUAACUACUAUGCCCCAUACAUCUUCGAGGAUAUGCAGCUCCCUGGAAAUACCACUACCCUCCUCGCUACCGGUGUCGUCGGCAUUGUCGAGUUCGUGUUCACCAUCCCUGCCGUGCUCUGGGUGGAUCAAAUCGGUCGCAAGAAGAUUCUCAUCGCCGGUGCCGCGGGUAUGGCCAUUUGUCACUUCAUCGUUGCGGGUAUCAUUGGUGGGUUCCAGAAUAAAUGGCUGGAGAACCAGGGUGCCGGAUGGACUGCUAUUGUGUUUGUGUGGAUCUUCGUGAUCAACUUUGCUUACUCCUGGGGUCCCGUCGCAUGGAUUGUUACAUCCGAGGUCUUCCCAUUGAGUAUGCGUGCUAAGGGUGUUAGUAUCGGUGGUAGCAGCAACUGGUUGAACAACUUUGCGGUCGCUACCGCUACCUCUCCCUUUGUCAAAGCUUCGACCCUCGGUACAUUCAUCUUCUUCGGGUGCGUGACCACCAUUGGCAUCUUCUACGUGAUCUUCUUCGUCCCCGAGACCCGGGGCCGUACUCUAGAGGAGAUGGACGAGCUCUUCGGUUCAACCGGUAUGGCCGCUGCAGAUGCGGAGCGCAAGCACCGUAUUGAACGUGAGAUCGGUCUCCUUGCACUGGUUGGCGUUGAGAGCUCUGCCAUGGAGAAGGAGGAGUUGGGGGCUUCCCACAGUGAAAAGGUCGUUGAGACCACCACCGAGGCUCCUGACACUCACACCGAUACCACACAGUAA